AUGAUAAAAACAGGAGAUUGCAUUUUAAGGUUCCUUACAGUGUGCUUUCACAGUUCACAAUGGCAAUUUGGUUCUUACGGUAUUCAUCUCCCUGCUGAAAUCAGAUCUCUGAUCAGUGAGGAAGUGGGAAAUAUUGCAAAACUUGCUAUUGUUAUUCUAAUCGAGAAGAAAUUGGGUCAGGGCUCUGAGUGGGAACCUUAUAUCAGCUGUCUUCCAGAGCACCAGGAGCUGCAUAAUACGAUAUUUUGGAAUGAAAGUGAGUUGGAGAUGAUUCGCCAAAGUUCAGUUUAUCAGGAAACUAUUAACCAAAAGUCUCAAAUUGAAAAGGUCUUUCUAGCAAUCAGGCCUAUUUCUUCUUCUUCAUCAUCAACACCAUCAUCCUUCCUCAUCAACAACAGGAAUGGCCUCCCGGCGAAUCUCAGGUCACCGCUGUUCUACCGGUACUGGUUGGACUUCCGGAGUUCCGGUGAGAAAAGGUACUCCUCUUGUGCUGUUGUUGGUAACAGUGGAAUUUUGUUUAACAUUAACCAUGGUUGUCGGAGCACAAGGGAGGUGAGGUCUGCUGGAAGAAAAGGAAAGGGUCUUCCACAAUCACUCCGCGCACUUGCUCGUGUUCUUUCAUGCACCGCAACUCAGGAAGUCAAUGAUUUGAUCGUGGAAGCUGCUAAAACUGAUGGUAGGCUGGCUAGACGCCCUUUACAAGAUAUCAACAGAGAGAUACAAGCACACCUGAUGUUAUCAUCAUUAUUUAUCCGAUUAAUAGAGGAGCGCAAGACAACUAUUAUGUCAUUUAAUUCAUCCAAUUCUUCCUCCUUGUGUGAAAGACUUCCUGUUGUUAUAAGACUAAUGGCUCGAGAUCUGCUUCAUGGCAAGCUUCGCGUUCUUAAAUCCACUUCUACCUGGUUGGAGAAUUAUUGUUCUUCCUUGACUUGA